AAAGACAGGAAAGCCCAUCCCUUAGAUUUGGCAACUAAGGUGUACAGUGCGGCCAGAGUGAGGUCAAGCGAGCGAUAAAGGCGUGGGCUUCCGGCUGGUGGCGAAAACUUUUCAACUGAAACACACUUUGAAUUGCUGCCUGGAAGUGCAGCCCGCACUGCUUUCACACCAGAGGCCUAACAGACUGAGACUUGGCGUUUCCGGACUGCCGGCUCCGCCGCAGGCCCUUCCCCAGGCCUGCAGAGGGCGCUGCGCUUCGGAGAGCCGAGGCGUGACGCCGCUCUAGCCAGCGUUUGAGCUCGCUGGCAGGCGCCGCAGCUCUGCGUCCGGCACUCUUCCUCGCAGUACAGGUUUCACGGGCACUCCUGGACCCUCCCUUGCCCUGAACCUGAGCCAGCACCAUGCACGGGCGCCUGAAGGUGAAGACAUCAGAAGAGCAAGCAGAAGCCAAAAGGCUAGAGCGGGAACAGAAGCUGAAGCUAUACCAGACAGCCACCCAGACCGUCUUCCAGAAGCGUCAGGCUGGAGAGCUGGAUGAGUCAGUGCUGGAACUGACAAGCCAGAUUCUGGGAGCCAACCCUGACUUUGCCACACUCUGGAACUGUCGACGGGAGGUGCUUCAGCGGCUGGAGAUCCAGAAGUCCCCGGAAGAGUUGGCCGCUUUGGUGAAGGCAGAACUGGGCUUCCUGGAGAGCUGUCUGAGGGUGAACCCCAAGUCUUAUGGUACCUGGCACCACCGCUGCUGGUUGCUGGGCCGCCUGCCAGAGCCCAACUGGGCCCGGGAGCUGGAGUUGUGUGCCCGCUUCCUCGAGGUUGAUGAGCGGAACUUUCACUGCUGGGACUACCGGCGGUUUGUGGCCGCCCAGGCAGCUGUACCCCCCGCGGAGGAGCUAGCCUUCACGGACAGCCUCAUCACCCGAAACUUCUCCAACUACUCCUCCUGGCAUUACCGCUCCUGCCUCUUGCCCCAGUUGCACCCUCAGCCAGACUCUGGACCCCAGGGGCGCCUCCCUGAGGAUGUGCUGCUCAAAGAGCUGGAGCUGGUGCAGAACGCCUUCUUCACUGACCCCAACGAUCAGAGUGCCUGGUUCUACCAUCGCUGGCUCCUGGGACGAGCUGAUCCCCAGGAUGCCCUGCGCUGCCUGCACGUGAGCCGGGAUGAGGCCUGUCUGACUGUCUCCUUCUCCCGGCCCCUCCUAGUGGGCCCCAGCACGGAGACCUUGCUGCUCAUGGUUAAUGAGUCACCCCUGUCCGUGGAGUGGAGGACCCCAGACGGCAGGAACCGGCCUAGCCAUGUCUGGCUCUGUGACCUGCCCGCCGCCUCCCUCAACGACCAUUUGCCACAACAUACGUUUCGUAUCAUUUGGACAGCAGGCGAUGCCCAGAAGGAGUGUGUGCUCUUAAAAGGCCGCCAAGAGGGCUGGUGCCGAGACUCAGCCACGGAUGAACAGCUCUUCAGGUGUGAGCUGUCAGUGGAGAAGUCCACGGUGCUGCAGUCCGAGCUGGAAUCCUGUAAGGAGCUGCAGGAGCUGGAGCCUGAGAAUAAAUGGUGCCUGCUCACCAUCAUCUUGCUGAUGCGGGCGCUGGACCCCCUGCUGUAUGAGAAGGAGACGCUGCAGUACUUCCAGACCCUCAAGGCAGUGGACCCGAUGCGGUCCGCGUACCUGGAUGACCUGCGCAGCAAGUUCCUGCUGGAGAACAGCGUGCUCAAGAUGGAGUACGCGGACGUGCGCGUGCUCCACCUGGGUCACAAGGAUCUGACGGUGCUCUGCCAUCUGGAACAGCUGCUCUUGGUCACUCACCUUGACCUGUCACACAAUCGUCUCCGAGCGCUGCCGCCAGCCCUGGCUGCCCUGCGCUGCCUCGAGGUAACGCACUCACUCCUCUGUCACUGUCUUGGAUGGUCCUUUCCCACUUCCUCCACCUCUGAAGUCUGCCCACCCUACAAAGAGAUGCCCAGGUGCUCCCAGUCCCCACAGAUGACUCCUGUCCUGCCCUCUGUUAGCCAGUCCGACCCCAGGAGCCCCUCCAGACAUCGUAAGCUGAUCACCCUGGGCUCCCUGGUGGCUUGUACCAAUCCCAGACUGACAGCUGCCUGCCCUGCCUUGCCUUCCCGACCCCCGCCCUGCUCCCCAGGUGCUGCAGGCCAAUGAUAAUGCUAUCGAGUCCCUGGACGGUGUCACUAACCUGCCCCGGCUGCAGGAGCUCUCCCUGUGCA